AAAUGUGGGUCGGAAGCUGCAGCUGAGGUUCAUUUUGCGCUGUGAUUACUGUUUAUUGUUUUCUUCUUCCACGUUUUAUUUACAUAUCUGCACGUAUUUUCCUAGCUCUCCGUUCUGCAUUUCUGAUUUUUUWUUUUUWUUUUUUUUUCACCGUAAUUUCCGUGAACAUGCUUUUGUAGUUCCCGUGGCCAGCAUCUUCCAACCUUACUUAGAAAUAAUCACCUCGGAUCUCUGCGUGGUCGAGAUGGAUGGCUGGAGCCGGGCAGCUACGGUGGGGGACGGUGCGGUGAAUUUCACAGCAGCCCACCUCUGGCUGGAUCUCCUGAACGCAUCGGGCCGGUGGGACAGCAGCAGCAGCAGCAGUCCGCCUGCAGACGGAACCGGGCUGCAGGAGCAGCAGGAGCGCCUGGUCCGAGAGCAAGCCUACCGGGACUUCACCACCACCGUCCAGGUUCUCAUCCUGAUCGGGUCGCUGCUCGGUACGUCCACUUAUUGCAUAUUCAAUCACCCACAAAGUGAACAUUUUUCUCAAAUUUUGCCAUUUUUGACACCACUGACUCUUUGUCGUUGUGUCUGCAGGUACUACUCGGUUCUGUACCCACUAGAGAGGAAAAUCUCCGAUUCCAGAUCUCGAGACUUGGUCAUCUACAUCUGGGUCCAUGCAGUCGUGGCCAGCCUCCCCGUGUUUGCCGUGACCAACGUUACCGACGUCUACGUCACCUCAUCCUGCUCCGAUGACCACGCCCGCUCCCUGGGUCACGUGGUCUUCGUUUUGAUCUACAACGUCACCACAGUGAUCUUCCCCCUGGCCCUGGUCUUCCUGUUCAUGCUCCUGAUCCGCAGAGCGCUCAGUGCCAGCCAGAAGAAGAAGGUGAUCAUCGCAGCGCUGCGGACCCCGCAGAACAGCAUCUCCAUCCCGUACGUGUCGCAGAGAGAGGCGGAGCUUCACGCCACCCUGCUGGCCGCCGUGCUGGCUUUCUCAGCCUGCAGCGCCCCCUACGGAGCCUUGGUGGUUUACCGUACUGUUUUUGCAGACACUAAAGAGUUACCCGUCUCACUUUAUCUCACAGCCCUUUGGCUCCCCAAGGUUUCCCUUCUUACCAACCCAGUCYUGCUCCUGACGGUUAACCGCUCGGCCCGUCACAGCUGCAUGGAUCUGCUGUUCAGGAUUCACAGGCGUUACAGCCGCCGAAACGCGGUCACCACCGGCAGAUUGGCGUCUAUUGUGGGCGAGGGGCCAGUUGGGGAGCCUGUGGGCCUUGAUACAGCUGGCCGCUCUGGGAGCCAGCUUUUGGAGAUGUUUAACAUCGGCCAACAGCAAAUCUUUAGACCUUCUGAAGAGGAGGAAGAAGAGGAUGAUGCGGAGAAUGAGAUUCCUUCUCAAGCAUCAGGAGGCAACUCGGAGCGCAAGGAAAACCAGAAGGAUGGGUCAAGGCUGGGAAGCUUAAAGGGUGAUGUGAACACACCAAAGGACCCUGUUGCAGRGCUGAUCAUCACUAAAGAAGCCCCUGCUUCAGCUAAAGCGACUCGGUCCUCUCCCGUUCACGCAUGCGCAUACACUUCCUCGUCGCAGGUGGCGCCCGCUACCCCCACAGAAGCGGAGGACUCUCCACAGUUCGGUUUCGGACCUUUCGAGCUGCCGCCUCAGUGGCUUCCUGAGACGAGGAACAGCAAGAAGAGGCUGCUGCCUCCGCUGGGCAACACACCAGAGGAGYUGAUUCAGACCAAACUGCCCAGGCAGCGGCCCGAGCGGCGGAUCAGCAGGAACAACAAGGUCAGCACGAUUCCCGUCGUGGAUCCGUGAACCGAGUCUGCACCACUGGACACAACUCGCUAACAACGAUGRCUUCAUAUGGUUGGCUGGAACUCUAGUUUUUGACAAGAUUUUUCCUUUUUUUUACUCGAACUCAGACUUUUCAGUUUACUAAACCAGAGGCACUGUGGAGGGAAAAACGGUUUGAUAUGACUUAUUUGUAAUGUUUUAGCUAAGUUGACACCGUUACCACAGCUUUGACUGAUCCUGUUUUAUAAUUAUAGAACAUAAUAAAAUGUUUGAGAAGACGGAUGCCUUUGCAGAAAUACUCAUAGCACUUGAGCUUUUUCACAUUACAAUCAUAAACUUAACUUUAUUUUACUUUUUUAAUGUAUCUGAUGGACCAACACUAAGUAAGUACUUAAUUGUUAAGUGGAAUAAAAAUUAUGCAUGAUUUUCUGUAAUCUUAGGCCAUCCUACUAUGCAAAAUUCACAUUUUGCACAUUUUUGUUCUUUGAUUGGAGUUUUUAUUGCUUCUGGUUUUUGGCAAUAACA